AUGUCAGCUUUGAGGUUGUUGCAUUAUUUUCUUAUAUUAGAAGUCAAGCAAGUUGAAGAUGAAAUUUUUAUGUCGCAAAGGAAAUAUGCAAUUGAUUUGCUUAAGAGAUUUAAUAUGCUGAAUUGUAAGACUGCAGCUACCCCCACGAAUUUAAAUGAGAAGUUACAUGUUGAUGAUGGAAUUGAACUAGCUAAUGCAAGCUAUUUUAUAAGAAUGGUUGGUGGCCUAAUUUACUUGACCCAUACAAGACUUGAUAUUGCCUUUUCAGUUGGGGUAAUUUCCAAGUUCAUACACUAUCCUUCAAAGCAUUAUCUUGGAGUUGCAAAAAGAUUCAUAUGUUAUAUAGUUAGUAUUGUUGAUUUUGGAUUGUGGUAUACAAAAGCUGCAGAUUUUAGAUUGUCUGGUUUCAGUGAUAGCGAUUGGGCUGGAUGUUUGGAGGAUAGAAGAAGUACCUCAGGUUAUAUGUUUAAGCUUGGGUCAGCAACUAUUUACUACAGUUCUAAAAAGCAAAGUACAACAGCCUUAUCCUCAUUAGAAGCAGAAUAUGUAGCUGUAACUUUAUCAACAUGUCAAGAAAUUUGGCUAAGGAUUCUUACAGAUUUAUAG